AUGGGUUUGAAGAAUUUGUUUCAUCGGAAGAAGAAAAACGGCAAAGACGACAGCAGCCACAACGGCACAAAUCCGGUGUCGAAUAAGUCGCCGCCGGUGGCAUCGCGUACGAGCUCCUUCAACUCUCGCGAGCGGAUCGAGGAGGAGUUGGAGCAAGUAUUCAAAAAGUUCGACGUCAAUGGCGACGGGAAGAUCUCGUGGUCUGAACUGGGAUCGAUAAUGGGAAGCCUCGGCCACCAGCCUAACGAGGAGGAAUUAAAGAACAUGAUCAAGGAGGUGGAUGCAGAUGGCGACGGAUUCAUAAAUUUGCAGGAGUUCGUCGAGUUGAACACGAAGGAUAUCGAUUCGGCGGAGGUGUUGGAGAAUCUGAAAGACGCGUUUUCUGUUUUCGAUAUUGAUAAAAACGGGUCGAUCUCGGCGGAGGAGUUGCAUAAUGUUUUAGAGAGUUUGGGGGAGGAAUGCUCGAUCGCGGAAUGCCGGAAAAUGAUCGCCGGUGUGGAUGUUAACGGCGACGGCAUGAUAAGCUUUGAUGAGUUCAAGGUGAUGAUGAUGACCGGAACGCGCUUUGAUUCGAUCGGGUCUCAGAGACAUGUGGAGGUCAAGGACAAUUAA